CAAUCUUGUAUCACCUCCGCUGCUUGAGCUGAGACUUGUACUCCAACCACCAACCAGCAGGUUCGUCCAGCUAUGCCCAUGGCCCGAGAUUCUGCAAUCGCUGGCCUGCUGGGUUUCGCUGGUCAAGGACUUGCACUCGACGAUUUUUCCGGGAGCAACACAUCUCGUCUCCCUUUCCAAUGGCGCCUCUACGUCGUCGGUCUCUCGGGGUUGCUCUUGCAAGAGCCAGCCGUGCAAGCGCCCAAUCGCCCCUUGACGUCUUCAUGACCCGUGUCGCGACGUUCUUCCAACUCCAUGGGCAGGCCCAGCGAAGGCAUGUCUCCAUGUCAUCCCGCGCAUUGCGAUUCACAAGGCCGCGAGGCCAGCUGAGGGCUCCAGCCCAGCCGCCCGUCUCCGCAGCGCAUCUCCACGACAGCCACCAGAGACAGCUCCCAAGUCACCGGCAUGUCCGGCGGGGGUUCCACAAUUACUUCGUCACCCACCUCCCCUCGUCCUCGCUCCACCCCGAUUCCCGGUCAUCCGCGGGGCCCGGCCACAAGCUCCCGCGCUCAGCCUCAAUGCCGCACACCCCGGGCUCGGGCCGCGCGCCGGCCGCAGCGCCCCCGCACAUGCCCGGCCGCGACCUGACGGUCGUGCGCAUUCCCCUGCGAAGCGCCAAGCACCACUUCGGCGUGUCCGUAUCGCGCGGCCAGCGGGUUUACAACGAAGACACGAACCAGGCCGGGACGAUCGACAUGCCCGCCUUUGCAAAACGCGUGCCCAUCAGCCUCGUUCGCAGCCAGGCUUCGCAAACAAGGCAGUCUGGCGAGGGCACCAGCGCUGCCAGUGCCCUGGGGGACCCGCAGAUCUUCUAUUUUGGCGUGUUUGACGGCCACGGCGGCAGCGAGUGCAGCGAGUUCCUCCGCGACGAGCUGCACGGGUACAUUGAAGAGGCCGCGGCCGAGUUUGAGCUGCAGAGCAGCCUGAGAAAGGACCACCGCGCCGCCGGAGCGACCGACUCCACCAGGGACCCCGACAGCAGGCAGCGGAGUGAGGGCCAGGGCCAAUCCGACGGCGAUCCCUCGACAGCGACAGCAAAGACGGGCAUCUCCAAAGCCGCCAAGCUCGAAUACGAGAUUCUACAGGAAUACAAGCGCACAGUAGGCGGCUACUUCAAGCGCUUCCGGCCGACCUACUUCUCCGUCCCCGCCGUAUCGUCAUCAACCUCUUCCACCCCCUCUCCCUCCUCGCAACACCAACAACUGCACUCCCCCGCAACCCUCGAAUCAGUCCUAACCUACGCCUUCCUCCGCGCGGACCUCGAUUUCAUCACCGCCCAAGCGCGCAAACCCGACCCGGACGAUCCCUACGUCUCCGACUUCCCCCUGAACCGUGACGAAAUCCUCGGGCGGCCCCACGUAACCCCCUCGGGCGCGCACGGCAUUGGCGGGCCGGCACGGUUUAAAGGCGGGUCCACAGCCUCCGUCGCACUGAUCUCCACCCCUACCCCAUCCCCCUUUUGGCAUCCAGCCGCGCACAGCACGCUCGUCGUCGCCCACGUCGGCGACACACGCGUGCUGCUGUGCGAAACGGCCACGGGCUUGCCCCUGCCACUGACAAACGACCACCGGCCCAGUUCACCGGCCGAGUCCCGCCGGCUGACGAGGUAUCUCUCCCAAUCGCUCGUCACGGAUUCCUUCGGCGAGGAACGCAUCCAGGGAUUGGCAAACAGCCGUGCCUUUGGCGACAUGCAGAGUAAACGCAUCGGGGUGUCUGCCGAGCCUGACGUUACACGGGUUGAGCUCCGCCCAGCGGAAUUCUCAUUUCUAGUGCUGGUCUCCGACGGCGUGAGCGGGACGUUGAGUGACCAGGAGAUUGUGGACGUUGUUAAAGAAGCGGCGACGCCCGAGGAAGGUGCUCGGCAUGUGGUGGAGUAUGCCACGGAGGUUUCGGAGGAUGGGGAUAAUGCGACUUGUUUGGUUGUCAGGUUGGGCGGGUGGGAGAGACGAAGUGAAGGUGGUGUGGGGAGCUUGGGGACCAAGGAGGUGAGGGAUAUGCGCCGUGCUGAGGCGCUUGAUCCGAGGCGGAGGGGCAGGCGGUAACUUUGUCAGUUGAACUCAUAUGGAUCUGCUUGGAUUGGGGGUAUGUUGGGUAUUUUCUUGCGACGGAUUUUGACGGAUUUUAUCUUGUUCCUCUGUUACUUUGCGAUUGGUUCAGUUCAUGCCAUGAUGAUGGAUGAUACACGGGUAUCUGGCGUUGAUUUUUGAAGAGGUUGAAGGUUUGGCAUUGCAUGGCGGGAAGACGGGCGGGCGGGGACGCGGGUGGGCAUAGAACGAUCUUGUCUUGUAUCAUGUAUAUGGGUCGGCUUGGGAAGAGCGACACCCUCUGCAAUCUGCAUUGCAUUGCAUAGCAUGGAAGAUGGCGUUUUGGGCUGGAUGGGUUAGACAUGCAUAGAUGAGUUUCCGAUUUGAAGAGGAGGGCAUCGC